CCCAACGGAAGGUGCAGCCUCGGUUAAACAAGGUUAAAUAACGAUAGUCAUCAUUGUCAUUUCUACAUUUCGUCUAGUGUCCACUUUUUCCUACGAAAAUAAAAAAACGUCAAACUUGGGGGGUGAAUUCCUUCAGUCUUGUCCGGUUCAGUUGACUCUCCUUCUCUGUCGGUCACGCGCUCUCACGUGUACGCACGCUCGUGCGGUCUCUGCUUAGAGGCGGCGGCGGUGGUGUUACUAACGGCUGAGGGAGGGCGACGGGUGUUUGACUUUGGCAGCUCAGUCACAUUCUUUUACCCGGUCACGGAGUCGAAGAAUGGAGCUGGUAGAAGAUAAACGGUGAACGGAAGGAGAAGCCGGGAGGACGCAGGGGGUACCGCCGAGUCAGGAGUAGAUGAUGCUUAUUUGCCGCAGGCCCCGCCAUCGUGAAAUUGGAUACCGACUUGCGGCGGAUGGGGUGACCGAGCUCCUUGCUCCGCCGGGGAGGUCCCUGCCUUCGGACGUUACCGGGGUGGGAGCUGCCUGUGGCCGGUUGUAAGGUGGAGGAAGGAGUGGCAAGAGGGAAAAUGCAGACGGAGGAGGAGACGGCCACCGCAGAAGAGCCCAUUUUGGAGGAAGGGUCGGGACGAGAGCAGCAAAGGCCAGUCCAGCAGUCUCUGGCCUCUUCCCUGUGCCGGGAGUCCCACUGGAAGUGCCUCCUCCUGACCCUCCUCAUGUAUGGCUGUUUUGCUACGCUGGCCUGGUGCGCGCUCUGUCGUGUGCCUGUUCUCGGCUCCUCCUCCAUCCUUCUUGGUGAUGACGACGAGGCCUACUACAAUGACAUCCUGCACUUGGAGAGUCCGUGCUCCAGCGGUUAUGUCUACAUCCCCCUGGCUUUCCUGGCAAUGUUGUAUGUGGUUUACCUGGUGGAAUGUUGGCACUGCUUCUCCAAGACCGCCAUGUUGGCUCAUGCCGAAUUCCAGGAAGUGUACGAGCGUGUGCAAAGACUUCAGCAGGCCACUCCCUGUAUUUGGUGGAAAGCCAUCAGCUAUCACUAUGUGAGGAGGACCAGACAGGUGACAAGGUACCGCAAUGGAGACGCAUACACAACCACACAGGUUUACCAUGAGCGUGUGAACACUCAUGCAUCAAGUUCAGAGUUUGACUAUGCCCGCUAUGGUGUCAAAGAUGUGUCAAAAGAGCUGCUGGACCUGCAGUUGCAUCCUGCUGUUCGCCUCCGCUUCACAAAGUGCUUCAGCUUCUCCAGUGCACGUGCUGAAGCAGCCUACCUCACCCAGCGAGCACGUUUCUUCGGGGAGAACGAGGGGCUUGACGACUACAUGGAAGCCAGAGAAGGAAUGCACCUGAAGAAUGUGGAUUUCCGCGAGCAUAUCCUGGCGUUCCCAGAUCCUGCUCACCAACCAUGGUUUUCCAGGCACAGGGUGUUCUGGCUGGCUUCUGCUUUCCUCCUGUCAUGGCCGCUGCGGGUAGUGUCAGAAUAUCGCACGGCGUAUGUCCACUAUCAUGUGGAGAAGCUCUUUGGAGAGGAUGAGGACUCUGGUGGAGGUGGAGGAAUUGGUGGAGGAGGGCCAGGUGGAGGUGGAAGAGGCGAUGGGGUUGAAGGAGGAACUGAGAAUGGAAUCCAUCCAGGAGGAAUUGGGAUCGGAAUUGGCCUAAAUGGCACAAGCUACAGAGCUAUCUCUCGUGUCAAUACUGUAGACAUGACUGAACUGGAGUGGCACAUCCGCUGCAACCAACAAAUGGUCCCCAGCUACUCUGAGGCUCUCCUCAUGGACUUGGACACAAGUGGAGGAACAAAUCCUACAGUCUCUACACCCAUCUCUGGGCCUCCGGGCAUCACCCCAACCACGGGGACAAAUCCGCCUCCCCUGGCUCUGCCUGUGGUCUUCAACUCAGCUUAUCUCCUCCAGAGUUGCCCCAGAUGUCGGAGAACCACAUCAAGCGCCAGUCUUCCCUCCAGGCUAAGGGCCCCGAUGGGAACCACAGCCCUCCUGAAUGCUACCGUGGCAGGGAUUAGAGCAGCAGGACCAGGAGGCGGAGGGAUGGGAGGAAGACUGGUGCUCAGUCGCAGUGGAUUCUCUCUAGGGAGACUCGGAGGUGGGCGCCAGAACAGCCUGUUUCAUUCAAGAAGCAUGGGUGGAGGACUGGGAGGAAGUAGGGAAGAUGGAGGAGGAAGUGGGGGUGGAGGAAGUAGUGGAGGUGGUGGUGGUGGCGGCAGCGGAGGUGGAGGAGGAGGAGGAACUGGAGGAUUCCUGGGGUUAGGCUCAAGACAGAACAACGAAGAGACCAGAGGAGUUCUUGAGGGAGAAGGUGAUGAGGAUGAGGAAGAAGAGGAGGAGAGAAGGGAAGACAGGGGAAGAGAGAGGGAUGAGGAAGCAGAGCAGGAAAGCAGAGGAGGAGAGGGGAGAGAGGCAGAAAGGGAUCGACCUCCAUCCUACCAGGACGCAUUCUUCUUUCCAGUUCUUAUCAUACAUGGAGAGGAGAGCUGCCAUGCUGGUGAUGACAUGUGAUGGAGAGAAAAAUGACAACAUGGCAACAAUGGCAAGAUAGUUUUGACUGGACCUGAAUAGACAUACCGAAUACACAGUAAGAGCAAAGGGAAAGAGGUUAAAAAAAAAAAAAAAAGAUCUGUGAUUGCAUUACCAAGGAAACAUGAAGGAAGUUGCAACUAAAGUUCAAGUAAGUAAAAAGGAGAAAAUGCUGCGAGAAGUGAGAAUAUACAGAGCAGGCUGGGAUAACAGAUGGAGGAGAUUUAAACACAUGUAGUGCGUUCUGUAAAAUGUCAGUAAACCCACUCGUUCAGAGGGAGACUUGAGCUGAUGGAGAGUGCUGUUGCAAGAUAAGAUGGAGUACGAAGAAAGUGAGCGAAGGCAAGAAAAUCCUCGCAGCUGAAAGAUUAACUGCACAGAGAUGACGUUGACUGAUCAGAUAGAGUAAACUUAGGAAAAUCUGUUUCCAGAUAUAUCUAUGCAGGAGUGGGAGGGGGUAACAAGUAAAAAUAGUACCUUGGAGAGCAGUAGAGAGACACUGAGCCAGCUGAGUGGUAUAUGGUUUUUGUUUUUUUUUUUUUUUGUUUUUUCCCCAAAUAGAAACAAAUUUGAUAAACUAAAAACCUAGAAUUGGAAAGAUGAAACUGUAGCCCAAAUUAAAAUGCAGAACAGAGAGAGACAUGAAAGGAAAAAGAAAAAAUAAUUAACUACUGAAUGUGAUGUAUUGAAGUUGGAGGACAAAAGCUUUUUAAAAAAAAAAUUGAAAAGGACUAAAUGACAAGGCAAAUAUGAAAUUCAGCAUCAGAAAAACAACACAGGAAAAAACCAGAUGACUGAAUAUCCACUUUACAGAUAAUUCAGAUACUUUAAAAACUGCUAAACAGAAUCAUCAAAAAGAUUCAAAGAGGAGAAAAAGAUGCAGGAUUUAUCACAAAUAUGUAAUGCUCUAAUCAGGAAAACAAGAAAAUUUCCAAACAGGUCUACAUGACAUGUAAAAUCCUGGCUUCAAUCACGCCAACCACGCCAACGAAAGCUUAAAAACAUUGAUUUCCUCCUCAUCUCGUCAUGCUGCCUCACGCCCUCCUACACCAUUAGCUUCCCCACCACUCUGUCCAUUACCGUUAUGAAGCUGAUAGAAAAAAAAACUCCAUCAAAAGUAGAGCAAUUGCUUCCUCUACUGCUCAGCCCCUCAUUUCUAGAGCCAUCUUCUCCACUCCCUCCAUUUCUCACAACUCCCACUCACUCCUCUCAGAAAACCACAAGUGGAUAGAUGUAAUUCUGAAAAGCAUAUCUACAGUUUUUUUUCUUUAAACAUGACCCGUAAAAUGCAGUUUUUGUAAUUAGUGACUGUUGAAUUAACACAGUGAAGUAGGAGUUUUACAAAAAUAGAUCCAGUUUUUCACCAUUUGCUUCCCUCCUCUGCUUCUCUCUUGUACUUUAAAGUGGUGGUUAUGUGAUAUUCUUCUCUCUGGAGAUGCUGGAAUCGGAUUUCAUCUCAGCUCCCUUCACAUAUCACAUCUCCUGUCGGCUUAGGUUCCUCCCCAAGGAUCAUAUUUUAUAAGUCAGAUAUUUCCAACUCAUAUGGAGUGUUUUUAAUGACCUCUAUAUUUAGAAAAAAGCAGAAUGAGAUUCAAACAAAUAUAAUAUAAAAAAUAAUAUCCACUAGUUCUGUCAGUGUAGUUCA